AAUAAAUAUACCAGGAUAUAUUGAGAUUUAUGGUCUUAUUUUUUUUAAAUUUCUAGUCAAGUUUGUUGUAUAAAUUCAACCCAUUUCGACUUGUUCAGUAUAUCAUAUAGUAGAGUAUUAGAUCACGUAUAUUCAUCCAAAUUAUUACAAAACUAAAAACAAAACCAUUCAUAACUAAUAAUAUAUAAAAUAUAAUAUGACAACACAAUCAAGUGAAAAAUUAUAUGACGCAGUAGUCAUUGGAGCUGGUGUUAUAGGACCAUGUAUUGCAACAGCUCUAGCCAGACAAGGCAGAAAAGUAUUGAUUGUUGAAAGAGAUUGGUCUAAACCUGAUAGAAUUAUUGGAGAAUUAAUGCAACCUGCUGGUCUUAAAGCUUUAAAAGAAUUAGGUAUGAUUCAAGCUAUAAAUAAUAUAGAGGCUACUCAUGAAGUUGGAUAUUAUAUUAAAUUCCAUGAUAAAGAACUUAUAUUACAAUAUCCAUUGAAACAAGAUGCAAAUACUACUAAUCCAGUAAAACCAGUUCCAUCAUGUGUUUUUGAAGGUAAUGAUAAAAUGCUUAGUGAUAAUACAUUAAAUUCUAAAGAAUGGGAUGAAGAUGAAAGAGUUAGAGGUGUAUCCUUUCAUCAUGGAGAUUUCUUAGUUAAUUUAAGAAAAAUAGUCAGAGAUGAACCAAAUGUAGAUUGGGUUCAAGGUAAUGUCACUAAAAUUUUACGAAAUGAUGAAGAUACUAAUACUGUUGUUGGUAUUAAAGUUAAAGAAGAAGGUGAAAUUUUUAACAAUUAUUAUGGUAAAGUAACCAUAUGUUGUGAUGGUAUAUAUUCUAAAUUCAGAAAGGAAUUAUCUCCAACUAAUGUACCAGUUAUAGGGUCAUAUUUUGUAGGUUUACAAUUAGAUGAUGUUGAAUUACCAGCUAAAUAUCAUGGUCAUGUGAUUUUAGGAGACCAUGCACCAAUUUUAAUUUAUCAAAUAUCUCCUCAUGAAACCAGAAUGUUAUGUGCUUAUAGAUCUACCAAACCACCUUCCCAAUCUAAUGAUGAAUUAUAUUAUUAUUUGAAAGAAGAAGUAUUACCAGCAGUUCCAAAAGUUAGUAGACCAGCCGUAUUAAAAGCCAUAGAAUCUAAAAAGUAUCGUAUAAUGCCAAAUCAAUAUUUACCAGCAAGAAAACAAGGUAGUCUUGAACAUCAAGGUUUAAUUAUGUUAGGUGAUUCUCUUAAUAUGAGACAUCCAUUAACAGGAGGUGGAAUGACUGUAGGUUUAAAUGAUGUGGUUGUACUUGCUAAAUUAUUACUGCCUAAACAAAUUGUAGAUUUUGAAGAUUAUGAACUAUUAUCAAAACGUUUGAGUCAAUUCCAUAGAAAGAGAAAGAAUUUAGAUGCAGUUAUAAAUACAUUAUCUAUUGCUUUAUAUGCAUUAUUUGCUGCUGAUAGUACUGCUCUUAAGAUAUUACAACGUGGGUGUUUUAGUUACUUCUUAUUAGGAGGUUCAUGUGUAUCAGGUCCAAUUGGAUUAUUAUCAGGAAUGUUACCAUUCCCAAUGAUUUUAUUCAAUCAUUUUUUCAGUGUAGCCUUUUAUGCUAUUUAUCGUAAUUUUGUUGAUAGAGGUUUAUUAGGUUUCCCACUUGCACUUAUUGAAGCACUUGUAACUCUUGUUACUGCUAUAUACAUAUUCACUCCUUACUUGUGGAAAGAAUUAGUUGUUUAGAGAUAUUAAAAUUUUGUAUAUAAUAUAUAGUAUAUAAUAAAAAGAAUAUUUUGCAAUCGUCGCAUUAUGCCCCGAAGGGUUGAGUCGCCCUGAGAGAAAUGCAGACUCAUUGCCUGGAUUGACGAGGUUUUGUAACUAUACUUUCUGGUAUAUAUAAGAGCAUUUCCAAGCGAGUUUAAAUCACUGUGGUCAUACUUUGACUCUAACUAAUAGUAUAUAAUAUGAAUAUAAUAUAUAUAUAUAUAUAUAUGAAC